AUGACAUUCAACGAGGACCCGACAAGAGACAAAGACACUGGGAGGAUAGGAAAUGAGAUCAGCUUUCAUGUGUCUUAUUUGUCUGCUGCAGGCACCAGUGGAGAACGUCAUCUCUAUCGCAGAGCUGGAGAAGAUCUUGUUCUACCUUGUAACAGUACCUUACGUUACCCAUGCUCCACUGUUGACUGGGUUUUACACAGAAAUCGAACGCCUUGCGAAGUGGUUCAUUAUGGGAAAGUUGUUAAGAGUUUACCUGGAGCUUCCCGGUUGGAUGUGGACAGUAACUGCUCUCUGAUCAUCAACAACAUCACUGCUGAUGAUGCUGGAGAUUACAUCUGUUAUGUGGCUUCAAGUUAUUUGGAUGAGAGCAGAGUUUAUCUGUUUGUUCUGACCAUUUCUCCAUCUCCACCAGAUGCUGAUCCAGCAAAGGAAGAUUUCACAGUGCACUGUUCUCUGAGCAGAUAUGUGGGGUGGAGUUCUGGUCGCAGGAACAGUUUCCGCUGGCUGGAUGAGACGGGAACUGAGCUGACAGGUGAAGGUGUUGGGUUACUUUUAACAAGACCACGAACCUGGAAUUCCUCUCUGGCUGUGCAGCAUCAGAGCGGCACCAACAGAAGCUUCACCUGCCAGUUUGUUGAAGGAAACUGCAUGAAAGUUGACGCUCGCUACCCGCCGGGAUUUAUCGGUACCAGGAAGCAGUCAGUCCAGAUCUACCACAGAGCUGGAGAUGUUGCUGUUUUACCCUGUAGAAAGACUUCAUCAUCAUGCUCCACUGUUAACUGGCUUCAUGAGAGAGCUAAAGACAUGAAGAGUCAGCAGGAAGUUCAGGAAGGAAUCAUUGUGCAGAAUUCGUCUCGUGCUGCCAGGCUGAGUUUGGACAAUAAAUCUUCUCUGAUCAUCAAUAACAUCACUGCUGAGGAUGCUGGACAUUACAGCUGUCAGCUCUGGGAGGGAGGCAGCCAUGAUGUAGAUGUAUAUCUAAAUAUAAUGAGCAUCUCUUCAUCUCCACCAGGUUCUGAUCCAACAAAGAAUGGAGACGUAACAUUACGUUGUUCAUUGAGUCCUUGUGCAGUUAAAAGUCUCCUCUGGUUGGAUGAGACAGGAAGUGAACUGACUGGUGAAGGUGACGGAUAUAAAUCAGGAGGACAGACUGGUUGUGUUUCUUUUCUCACUGUGAAUCUUCAGAGCAGCAGAAGAUUCACCUGCCAGUUUGUUGAAGGAAACGAAGUGAAGAUAGAAGCUCACUACCAACAUGAAGCAGCUCCUGGUAACACCAGUACCUCCACCAUCCUCAUCCUCAUCAUCCUCGGAUCAGUGAUCGGCGUUCUGCUGCUGCUGGUUGUUCUUGCUGCUGUUUUCAUCAAACUCAGGAAAACCAGAAAUAAAGAGGAUCACAAAACCACAACAGAAAAUCAAGAUUCAACCAAUGAAAAUCAUCAAUAUGAUGAGCUGCAGGCCAACCUGACCUAUGCUACUGUUAGCCACUCCAAACCCUCUGAGAAGAUAAAAGUCCAACCGGAUGAUGAAACUGUGACUUAUUCUGCUGUGAGGACUAAAAAACAGACGAAGGCGGACAUCGACCCCAGCGACGUCUACAGCUGCCUCACUGAGCCAAAAUGAGGAAACAGGAAGUGAGACGUUUAAUAAACCGCCUUACAGGAAGUGGGCUGCUGGGUUUAGGUUUCAGCAAUACCAAAGAUUUAUUUACAUCAUGCUUUGGACGUUUUCUGUUGUUUUUAAGUGAUCAUAAAGAUUUCUUUGCAGAAAUGUACCGUGACUGAGUUAUAUGGUAAAGUUUUGUUAUGUUUGUAAAAUAUGUGGACUGUAAAUCCUGAACUAAAGAGAAGCAGCAUGAAUAUGUAGUAACUGAUGCAUGAAGACCCACAAGCAGAAGUGCAAAUAUUCAAAGGAAAUGUUGAUUUGGUGUUGGAUUAAAUCCACCUUUAUUCUGUAAGAUACAACUUUCAAAAUGCAAAAAACUCAUCUGGAGACUUUUAGCCAGUUUAUGCUUUAAGGUUUUGAACAAACCGAAGUUUUAUUUUCUGUUCUGCUCAUUUUCACAUCUUUCUGGAUUUAUCUAAAAUGCUUUUUAUUAUUUAGCUCUCCUGAGUUUAUACAGCAGAUUGUUUUGAACCCUCUAAGUUUCCAUGUUUCAGCUGCUCUAACUUCUCAUCCCUUUCAGAGUCCAGUUUAAUGAUCCUGGUUCUGAUCAGAGAUCAGUGUGGAAAUGAGACAGUCAGACUGUCUGUCUCCCUCUGAACUGUUGUUCAUUUUUAUAAGCAGCUAAAAGCUCAUUUUUAAACCAGAUAUUCACUUAUUUUUCUGUAUUGUUUUGAGCAAUAAUGUAAAACCUAUUUUGAAAAUGCUAUUAUGUAUGAAAACUGAAAAUAAAACAUUUUUUAGUUACA